AUGCCCAAGCUCCAGACCGCUCCCACCAAGCCUGCGCGCUUCAACCCCAUUUACGCCCCUCCCAACCCGGCCGGCGAGGACGAGGAAGCGGCCAAGUUGGCUCUCAGGGUCCGCCGUGACCCCCUUUUCUCUGUCCUUGAGACGGUGGAGCGGACAUACCGCGAGUGGCAGGAGGCGAGCAAGGUCGUCAAGGACCUCAAGGUGCGCCGGGACGCCGCCAAGGCGGCCAUGCUGGAGUCGUCUAAGGCCUGCCGCGCCCCCGUCACCGAGCUCGAGAAGCAGCUCGCCGAAUCCAUGAGCGCCGAAGACUUGAUCGCCCAGGUGGAGGACAAAAACGACAACAAGGAGGCAUGGAAGCGCGCUGUGACCGAGUGUGGCGACGCCGAGGUCCACGCCGAGACCAAGCGCCUCGAGUACAUGGACGCAUUUGCGCUCAAGGCGCGCCUCGUCGCCCGCGAGGCCGCACUCCGCAACAGGGCCCACCACGCGUCCGAGUGCACCCUCGCGUGCGCGCGCCCCAACGCCAAGCCGGUCCCCGACACACACAACUGCGACGUCUGCCACUCGUACGUCACGGCCAUCCCCACGGACAUGUACACCAAGUCCGACGACGGGGUCGUCGCGGCUGGCAUCCUCAUUGCCAGCGCUGUAGCCCGACCGACAGCACCACUGGUGUCGACUACUGACGGUGUUUCGGGGCAGUAA